AUGACAAAAAUUACCAGUCUCAUCGAGGAGACCAUCGUCAAGCUCGAUGUGCCCGUCGCCGAGGAGAUCGUCAAGCUUUCCGCGCUUGAUCAGCAAGCGCAGCGGACGUACGGCCAGUUCAUGAUCGCCUUUCAACUUCAGGAUGCAACCACCCACAGCAACGCCGAGAUUGUAAAGCACCUCAAGACCAGCUUGAGCAUGGCUCUCACAAACGUGCCGGACUUAGCUUCAACGGUUUUCCCGGUUAUUGGGUCUACAAGAAACGAACUGGAACUGCGGCUCGGGCCCGAAUCCGGCGCGGUAUUCAGGAACUCUGCCCACUUACUGGACCGCCCUGACCCUGCGACCAUCACCGCUGCAUCCACAGUGUGGUAUUUCGAUUCCUCAUCCCUCCGCGCCCUCCGAAACUCAAUCGCUGAGUCCCAGAUCGAAAAUGCAUCAGAGCUCACUCAAAGUGAGGCGCUCUCGGCCCUCAUAUGGAAACAUCUCAGCCGCGCUCGUCUCUUGGACACCAAAUAUCCGCCAGAGGCAACUUCUUUGUUUAGCACGCGUAUAGAUUACAGAGGACGCAUGAAGCCUGCUUUUGAUGACUACUUUGUCGGGAAUAUCAACGAGCCCAACGCCAGAGUUCGCCUCUCUAUCCGCAAGGUAUGCUCUACUUCCACGCCCGACUCCCUUGCCCUCUUGGGUCAAGCCAUUCGAAUUGUCACCCAGGAAAUGGGCGAAGAUGCCGUGCGCACGUUUAUUGGGGCCGUCAACCGCUUACCAAAGGUGACUGAUCUUUCCUGGGACUACGAUACUUACCCCGGCCCGGACCUCACGGUGACAGACUUGUCUAGCUCGGACAUGCUGCGCCAGGACUGGGGGCCCCUCAACCACGCCACCUUUCUCCGAACAGCCUCGCGCGAGAAGGGGCUGGUGUGCGUUCUUCCUCAGGACAGGGACGGCGGAUUGGAAGUGCAGAUACAGUGUGAGCAUGAUGCUGUCAAGAGGUUAAGGGAUGACCCAAUAUUUGCUCAAUAUGCCGAUCUAAAAGGGUUCCGGGCUCGGAAACUCGAGAUCCUCGCGAUAGUGCACGCGUCGCAAAUGAUUGGCUAUGCAAUCUCGUCGCUUUACACGAUCUUCAAGACCAAAGGCCUUGAAGUCGAUUGCUCAGGGUAA